UACCAAUUGAAGUAUUUUGAAAUGAGCUGAAGAAUGAACAUUUUCUUAACAGGAACGAAAAAAUCCAAGAGUCUUCGUUUUUUUAUAGUUAUAGCAUAACUUAACUGAAAUUUCACAAUACAAUAUUGAUGAACCAAAGAAGACAUAUAUUAUAUAUAUAUAUACGGAUAUAUACGGAACAAUUCUAAAAUAAAAUCAAACCUUUUUUAUGCGUAUCUAAAUUCAAUUUCAAUAUUCAAUAAAUUUAGUAACAAAACAAGUAAUAAAUCGAAAUAAUAGACCCAUCUCAUAGAUCAAAACAAAGCAUUUCGGAAUAAAAUAUAGAAUAAAGAAAUUCUCUUUUAAUUUUGAAUUUUCAAUAUUUGAAUCAAUAUUUGAAAUUGAUACAUUAGAUAUGGAUAGAUCGUAUCUUGUAAAUUAUCUUUCCUUUCUCGACGUUUCUUGUUAUCUUUCUUUUUGUCCUCCCUAAUGAACAAGGGCUGGACCACCUAGAAUGAUAACUUUUCUGUCUUAUUUUGCUUUUGCCACUCAUUUUUGAUUAUCACAUCACAAUAUUCUUCAAAAAUCUUUCUAAAUUAUUCCUGUGGAAUAUGGGUAAGUUGGCCAUUUUUUUUUUUCGAAAUAUUUGUUUUGUUGAUAGAACGGAAUUCUUUCAUCUAGAAAUCCGAAUUUGAGCAAUUAAGAUACUUAGAAACAAUAUUUUUUUUGUAUUCUUUCAAAAUUCAAGGACUAACCGCUGACUCACAAAUAAAAAAUAGGGAAUAGAUUCAUAAGUUCAAAGCCUCAUAAUAGAACUUAUGCUUGAUAAAAAUAUUAGAUCAUAUGGAGGUGGGUUCAUUAAAAAUUCACAGACGAAAAAAUGAAAAAAAAAACAUUUAUUCCCUUUCUAUAUCUUACAGCUAUAGUUUUUUUGCCCUGGUGGAUCUCUUUUUUAUUUAAUAAAAGUUUGGAAUCUUGGGUUAUUAAUUGGUGUAAUACUAGUAAAUCCGAAACUUUUGUAAAUGAUAUUCAAGAAAAAAGUAUUCUAGAAAAGUUCAUAGAAUUAGAGGAACUCGUUCGCUUGGACGAAAUGAUAAAGGAAUAUCCGGAAACACAUCUACAAAAGUUUCGUAUCGGAAUUCACAAAGAAACAAUCCAAUUGAUCAAGAUGCACAAUGAGGAUUAUAUCCAUACGAUUUUGCACUUCUCGACAAAUAUAAUCUGUUUCGUUAUUCUAAGUGGUUAUUCUAUUUUAAGUAAUGAAGAACUUAUUAUUCUUAAUUCUUGGGUUCAAGAAUUCCUAUAUAAUUUAAGCGACACAAUAAAAGCUUUUUUCAUUCUUUUAUUAACCGAUUUAUGUAUAGGAUUCCAUUCACCCCAUGGUUGGGAACUAAUGAUUGGCUCGGUCUACAAAGAUUUUGGGUUUGCUCAUAAUGAUCAAAUUAUAUCUGGCCUUGUUUCCACUUUUCCAGUCAUCCUCGAUACAAUUUUUAAAUAUUUGAUUUUCCGUUAUUUAAAUCGCGUAUCUCCGUCACUUGUAGUGAUUUAUCAUUCAAUGAAUGACUGAAAAAUGAUCCAUGAAUCCAAUUAGAAUGUUUGUUAUUUUGUACAAAAUACAAAAGCAAAACAUUCAAAAUCUUACUAUCAAACAAAAUCUUACUCUAUUUAAUAUAUAUAUAUUUCUUUUUUCUAUACAUCCAAGGGAUUCUCUUCCUAUAUUUUCUAUUUUAGUAAAAAAAUUUCAGUAAAUAGCAGUAUCGUGGAUAGGGAACUAUACUAGCGACCUACCUAAUUUUAUUGUAGAAAUUUUCAGGAUCAAUGAUUGGACCAUGCAAACUAGAAAGACCUUUUCUUGGAUAAAGCAAGAGAUUACUCGUUCCA